AAAGGAUUAAAACCCACCUUGAAUUGGGUAGGUCACAUCUCUACGGAAACAACCUAAUCAAAAGUUCCCACCCAUGAUGGGUCUGCCCCCACAAGAUUCGAUUAAAAGAACAUAGGCGAGAUAGAUUCGUUAGCUUACUCCUUUCUGCCCGUGGACGCUGCUGAGGAAACAUCGUUGAAUUCUUUCCUCCCACUGCCGUCAUGUCUAAGUCAGAGUCUCCUAAAGAGCCUGAACAGCUGCGGAAACUUUUCAUCGGGUGGCUAAGCUUUGAAACAACUGAUGAAAGUCUGAGGAGCCAUUUUGAGCAAUGGGGAACGCUCACGGACUGUGUGGUAAUGAGAGAUCCAAACACCAAACGCUCCAGAGGCUUUGGGUUUGUCACGUACUCUACUGUGGAGGAGGUGGAUGCAGCCAUGAAUGCAAGGCCACAUAAGGUGGAUGGAAGAGUUGUGGAACCAAAGAGGGCUGUCUCAAGAGAAGACUCUCAAAGACCAGGUGCCCACUUAACUGUGAAAAAGAUCUUUGUUGGUGGCAUUAAAGAAGACACUGAAGAACAUCACCUAAGAGAUUAUUUUGAGCAGUAUAGGAAGAUUGAAGUAAUUGAAAUCAUGACUGACCGAGGCAGUGGCAAGAAGAGAGGCUUUGCUUUUGUAACCUUUGACGACCAUGACUCUGUGGAUAAGAUUGUCAUUCAGAAAUACCAUACUGUGAAUGGCCACAACUGUGAAGUAAGAAAAGCCCUGUCUAAACAAGAGAUGGCCAGUGCUUCAUCCAGCCAAAGAGGUCGAAGUGGUUCUGGAAACUUCGGUGGUGGUCGCGGAGGUGGUUUUGGUGGGAAUGACAACUUUGGUCAAGGAGGAAACUUCAGUGGUCGUGGUGGCUUUGGUGGCAGCCAAGAUGGUGGUAGAUAUGGUAGCAGUGGGGAUGGCUAUAAUGGAUUUGGUAAUGAUGGAAGCAAUUUUGGAGGUGGCGGAAGCUACAAUGAUUUUGGCAGUUACAACAAUCAGUCUUCAAAUUUUGGACCCAUGAAGGGAGGAAACUUUGGAGGCAGAAGCUCUGGCCCUUAUGGUGGUGGAGGCCAAUACUUUGCCAAACCAUGAAACCAAGGUGGCUGUGGCGGUUCCAGCAGCAGCAGUAGAUAUGGCAGUGGCAGAAGGUUUUAAUUACUGCCUGGAAACAAAGCUUAGCAGGAGAGGAGAGCCAGAGAAGUGACAGGGAAGCUACAGGUUACAACAGAUUUGUGAACUCAGCCAAGCACAGUGGUGGCAGGGCCUAGCUGCUACAAAGAAGACAUGUUUUAGACAAUACUCAUGUGUAUGGGCAAAAAAAAAAACACGAGGACUGUAUUUGUGACUAAUUGUAUAACAGGUUAUUUUAGUUU